AAGACUGUGGUACACUUCCGGGUUGAAUUUUUCCUCAACAAGAUGGUGGUGGUUUGACUCCUUUGUUGUUUAAUUUCUAGUAAAACGAAUACUUUACCCGAGUAGGAUUUAAUUGCGUAGGCUUUCAGCGCUUUGCUCUAAAUACUAAAACUGUUGGUCAUUGUUGCGUGUAGUGAUACAUACCGAUGCACAGACCGAAUUUCCGACAUCCCGCUCCACCGGGAGGAAUGGGCCUGCGGCCGGGGGUUUUCCGUAGCCCUACACCUGGAUUUGAUAACGUAGGAGCAGGCAGGUUUCCUCCGCCUGUUUGGGCUUAUCCUAACGCUCCUCCGUCAUUCGGGCCGAGGCAGGGGCAAUAUUGUGGUUCGCCAAAUACUCCGCCGAGAGAUUUUUAUGGUAAUAACGGAAAUGCUAACAACAAUGGUGGCGGGAGCGGUGGGAAAGGGCGUUUUUACCACAGUCCGUCUCCCGGUCACACGGCACGGAGACCGAACUCCAGCCCUAGAUACACUCCACCUUACAAAAAAUCCCCAUACCAUUCUCAGAGUCCUGGACAACAUAUGAGCCAUCAGGGUUCGCCGCGGACCUCCACCCCGUUCGGGUCGACGCAUGGCAGGGAGAGGGUGACAAAUGAUGUGGAAAAGUAUUACAACCCGUCAAUGCUCCAGGACCCCUGGGCUAGUCUCCAGCCCGUCCCUGUCACAGACACGCAGCACAAGGGCAGUGCAGAGCGAAUGACAAACACGGGCAGGAAAGGGAGAUAUUUCAACUAGAGGUAUAGCUAUAUACGCACACAUGUAUAUAGAAACGCAGACCUCCGGUUGCGGCACCCGACAUAGCCCACGCAACGUCCCUCGUGAGUCAUGCAUCAAACUGCUUUUCUUACUGGGGGCAUUUGGGUGUUUGCCAAAGGAAAUACAGUGGAGGGGUUGUGUUUGUUACCUCUGUGUGGGCUCGGCAGACUUGGAGCAGUCUAGAAUCACCAGCAAUCAGACGUACUGCUACCUGUCGGUCUGGCUCUUCUACAUUUUCAGUGCUUCCCUGUCUGCAUGCAGACAUGGUGAAACCACUUUUUUUUUCUCUUUUCUUUCUUUUAAAUAUGAACUCAAAUAAGGUUCAGCUCUAUCCAUGGCAGGUGGAAACAUCUAUAUUCGCAGCACAUGUAAGAGGUCAAGUGUAGUAGCUCAUCUCAUUGUUGUACAUCUUGGAUUCUGGAACGAAGAAGAAUUUCUCCCUUGCCCCUUACGCAAAACUGAUUGGAUUCUAGUUAAGCUAUAUUUUAUAGCGCACUUGUGCAACUGCAAUAAUGGCAGCAAUUCCACAAAUGAGUGUAAAGUUACACUCUGGAGUUCACGUUUUCAUCGUAUUCUGUAGCCUCUAAAACUUGGGGCUGUUGAACAGGUCAUUUUAUUUUCUUAUACAUUUUUGACAAUAAAAAAAAAAAAAAAACAUGCUUUUCUCUAUACACAGCAGCAAAAUGCAUCAACGGACUUGGUCAGCCAUUAUGAGUUUAAAAGUGAAUUUUUCUUAUGUCUUUAGGAAAAACAAAAAACUGCACUACACUUUAACCCAUUGAACUCUGUUUCAAUUGUGACCAGCUCAGGAUUUUCUAUAUGUAUAUAUUUUAUCAAACGACUGCUUUUCUUAGUCAAUAGUUAUUGUUUUUUUUGUUUUUGUUUUUUAUUUCUAAUGAAAUUAUUUACUUCAAGAAACCACAUUAAUAUGAGAUUGAACAAUACACCAUUUUGUAUGGUAUCAACCUGUAUUUUGUUUUUAUAUCUACAUAUGUGGCAGUAAGUUCUGUUUUUAUGACAUUUGGAGAUUCGAGGACCGUUUUUGGUCAGAUUUUAGGGUUGAACUCUUGUUUGGGGCUUCAGGCUUGUCCUAAUUUAAAGUUUUAACAAAUGAUUUGUUUUCUUUAUUGCGUUCACUUGUGUAUUGCCCGCUGUAUUUGUGUGAUCCUUCAGGACCAGUGUGACGCGCUAGUAAAAUGUUUUUUCUUUCUUUGAAGAAUUGCAUGCUAAGGAGAGAAUGUCCCCCCCCCCCCCCCCCCUUUUUUUUGAAUUGCUCGCCGUGCUUGCUUGUAUUUUUAAUUUGCCUCUGGCUUUGAUCUGUAACAGUCACAUUAAUGUGUAAACAUUGCUGGUGCGCUAACGUUCGGUAGUGCUGCUUCUUAGGGCUGUAAUCCCCUUCAGUAGCAUGCGUUGUUCAUUUGAGUUUGUGUGACACGCCCUUCAGCGCAUGUGGUGCCGAACCGCUUUACUCAUUUGAUAUGGGGAAAGAAACCCCACCCUUUGCUGCCAUUUGUUUGUCUAGUCUUGUUUGAGUCGCAGACUGGCUGGAUAUGUUUCCAUGACGAUGGCUCACUGAGUAGACGUUGGGAGAUAAUGAAGAGUCAAGGACAAUAAAAAAAUAUAUAUAUACGCGCACACGUA